AAUUCAAGCGUCUAUACGAUUAAGACAAUUAAGAGGUAUUCCGAAUAAGCUCUAUAGCAACUAAAAAGCAAAAUGGCGACGACAGUCAACAAUUACUGAACGUUGCUGCAAAGAAAUAGGAAAUAAGAUCGUUUAAGCAAAGGAAAAAUAUAAACAACGAUGCCUCUCGGGCCAUUUGGGGAAGUGGUUGGUACCACAGGGACCCUAGAGGCCCUUGGUCCUGACGCUAGUAACUACAAGAGCAAAGUAAUUGCUCCACGUAACCCAAAACUCCUUAAAGAUCAUGAAGAAGGGCAUAAGAUGACACCCAGCAAGUUUUUAUUUGACAUGCAAAUGAAUACAGAACAAAAACUGGCCAAUACUCAUAUAAUGAGAAUCCCAAAGAAGAUUGAACUUCUGGAUAUGGCUGAUACAAGUCUGCAGAAAUUUUCUCAAGUGAACAUAGAUGAACCAAUGUUUCAACCAUUCCCUUCUGAAAUAUAUUUUCAAAAUUUUGAGCCAUAUGAAGUUUAUGAAGUACCUUUGAUCCUUAGAAACAACGACAAGGUACCAAGGCUUGUGAAAGUGACCCAGGCCGAUUCCCCCUACUUUGAAAUCAUUAGUCCUCAUGAUGUGGGUCACAAAGUAGGUCCUGGACUGCCUACAACAUUUAAAUUACAGUUCAGGCCAGAGGAGAAAAAGGACUACAACCAUGAGCUUGUGUGCAUCACUGAGCGGGAGAAGUUUAUCGUUCCGGUGAGAGCUAUUGGGGCACGAGCCAUUCUUGAUUUUCCAGACAACAUACAUUUCCCAGCAGGCCCUGUCAAACAUACUCGCUCAAAAACACUGCUGGUCAGGAACAUUGGCAACAGUGAAGCCAAAUUUACACUCAGUGCUGAAGCACCUUUUAGUGUUACACCAGAGAUAGGAACCUUGGCUGUACAAGACAGCAUGCAAGUUACUGUUGAGUUUACUCCCCAAAAAGUUGGGGACUGCAACUCAGAUCUUGUUCUCCACUAUGACACAGGCGAAGAUGUGCUGAUUUCCCUCUAUGGUGGGGCACAGGAUGCCAAUGUUAGAUUGGACAAAAACUCCAUCAGAAUAGAAAACACAUACAUCUCUAUGGCCAACCAGAGAACGGUGACUAUACACAACCGCUCAGAUAUCAUCGCACACUUCAGAUGGACACAGUUUGCCACGAAGGAAGAGGAGGACCAGCAAAAGAUGACCAUGACAACAAGGCUCUCCUUAGAGGAAAAACAAGACUCUGACAAGUUUUUGGAUGAAUGCGUUCAGGACCCUACUCUUAGGGACAAACUGUCCAUUCUGAACCGGACUUUUCAAAACAGGAGGAAGCUUGUGGAAAAUGACAAGAUGUUGUUCAACGAUGAUGUGAUCCAGAUAGAACCGGUGGAGGGAGAUGUCUGGCCUAACUCCAGCUUUGAGGUCAAUGUCAUCUUCAAGCCUCGCGAGGCUGAAAUUUGCAUGAAGACUGCUUUCUGUGACAUCACAGGCAGAGAAAGUCGUCUCCCCCUACGUAUCCGUGGGGAUGGAAUUGGACCCAAUGUGCAGUUUUCUUAUGAAACCCUUGACAUGGGGAAUAUUUUCAUUGGAUCAAAACAUUAUUAUGAAAUCAUUCUGAUCAAUAAAGGAGAUAUUGAUGCCAUUUACAGUGUAAUGCCUACAAAAACUAUAUUUGGGCCAUGCUUCAGUUUUAAUCCAGCUGAGGGAAUAGUGAUGCCAGGGGGACACCAAGCCAUCCAGAUCUCGUUUUCCAGUCCCUACUUGGGGGAUUUUCUGGAGGAGUUUGCCUUUCAAGUCGACGGACAGCCUCAGCAGCUUAAAGUCUCAUUCACCGGCUCUGUGAUUGGACCAACAUUCCAGUUCAAUGUGCCAAAACUCAAGUUUGGAACAAUCUCGUAUGGUUUCUUGAACACACAGACCUGUAAGCUUCAGAACACUUCUCUGGUUCCCAUGAAGUUCCACUUGCGUGUCCCAGGGGAUGGAACCACCCCUAGCAUCUGCUGUACAGAUGACCUGGACAACAGUUCCACAGACAGAGCUUCCCCCACCCCAGGGGCAGGACCCCCAAAGGAGUUUGAGAUUGUCCCCAGCACUGGGACUCUUCAGCCCCAGAGUGAACAAAAGAUCACCGUAAAGUUCAUCUCUAACACAAUCAAGAAAUACGAGCUCAAUCUGGUGGUUGAUGUGGAGAAAGUGGGAGAGGAUGUGCUGUCUCUUCCCAUCUCUGCCAAGUGCGUAGUUCCACCUGUUACUGUAUUAAGUCCUAUUCUGGAUUAUGGUCGAUGUUUCUUACGUCAUCCAUACGAACAUUCCGUAAAACUCCACAAUGACUCGGAUCUACCAGCAAAAUACGAGCUCCUACCACAACAGAUAAAUGAGGAUACACCUAUUGUAUAUAGCAGCCCAAAAGCAAAGGGGGUUGUGGAGCCCCACUCACUGUGUGAUAUUCCUCUCCUGAUCGAGGCCCAGAUGCUGGAGGAAGAAGACAUCGUGGCCUACUUCUCCAUAUUUGGCAGUCCAGAUCCUCCUCUUGGUGUACAUAUUUCCUGUAUUGGAGAGGGACCAGUCGUGCAUAUAACCCCCAGUGAUUUAGACUGGGGGGUCGUGCCAGUCCUGACCAGUAUUCCCAUGGUCAUCACCCUCUCAAAUGAAUCGCUGAUACCAGCUCGCUUCACAGCCAACAUGGUGAGGCCCCGGUCAGCCUUCAGUGUGGAUCCUGUGGAGGGGGAAAUCCCGGCCGAGAGGUCACUGGACAUCAAGGUCAUUGCUCACCUGGACGAUGCAGUCAGGUUCCAGGAUAAACUACAGCUCAGUUUCCAGGAGAGUCAGGUCCGCUACAUUCCUCUGACUGGAUAUGGUCAGGGCACUACCAUCGUCUCAGACCCACCCCUCACCCCACAACUCAAUCUGGGACCAAAUUUUAGCAACCGUCCUCUAAAGAAAUCAUUCAAGCUAACAAACAAAGGGAGACGACACCAGCAGUUGGUGUGGAGCAUGGAUGGAUUUGGCCCUGUGGGUAAAGCCAGGAAAGAUCUGGCUGCUUACAACCCCCUGGACAUGAAAUACAGGAAUGUGCCUCCUCCACCCCAGCCACCAAAACCAAUAUUCAGUCUCAAUCCAAACAGAUUCGAUCUUCCACCAGGAGCCAGUUUUGAAAUGUUCAUUGAAGGCUUUGUUGAAAGUCCACAAUACGUGAAGGAGCGCAUGCUUUGCCACGCCAUUAUUGGGAGACAGGGAGGGAAGGAGCUGAUCAUGAGAGUGGACGUCUCCGCUGAUUUCAUCAGUCCACUGCUAGAGUUCUCCACCAAAUCUGUCUACUUCAGGUUUGAUAAGAAUCCAAAGGACUCGUUGACUAAAAUGAUCAGAGACCUGAAGAUGAUGAGUAUCCACUCUCCCACUGACCACUGGGCUGAAGCUGCAGCAGCCAUUCAGAUAGUGCUGGACGAUGGCUCCAGGGUCUCAGAAACAGAAAUACAUCUGGAUAUUGGAAAGGAGUACAUCUUGAGAGUAGAGUUUGACCCAGCGUACAAAGAUGAUCUUCACAUUCGCACUAUUGAUGAAGUUCUGCAUAUUGCCUACAAAGAACACCCCCAUAUUGACUACAUCGCUCUCCGUGGAGAGGUGUACUUCCCCAAUCUGGACUUUGAGAAGUCUGUGGUAGACUUUGGCUGUAUCCUGAAUGACACAGAGGUCACCCGCUACGUAAACAUCACCAACAACAGCCCGAUGGAGGUCAGGUACAAGUGGUCGUUCCUGAUCGGCGAUGAGCCGUGCACCGUCAUCAACCGCCCUCCACCAAAGAAAGCCACCAUUCAGCUGGAAGAAGUCCUAGAGGAACAGGAAGUGGAAGAGGAAGAGGAGGAAGAGACAGAGAAAGUGGAAGUAGUGAUUGAAGAGGAGGAGGAGGAAGAAAAGGUGGAAGAGGAGGAGAAGGCUGAAGUGGAGCCGACUAAGGAGGAGGAAGAAGAGGAGGAAGAGGGUGGUCUGGAGCAGACAGAGUCCAGUGAGGAGGUAGUAAAGAAGGCGGAGGAGGAGGACAAUAAACUGAUAGACAGCAGUCCUCGAGCAGACAGUCCAUCACAGGAGGACCACCUAGAGAAAGGACAGCUGGAACAGGAGGGUAUGCCAGAGCACGGAGUGGAGAAGGAUCAGGCUGAGGACUUGAGGAUCAGCAUUGGGUCACUGAAGGAGGCCGUCCCUGAGGAGGACCCCCUCAAGAGUAACCGCGCCCUCAGUCGCCUCCUGGAACAGGAGCAUGAGGAGUUAUCUCCCAUUGGCAUUGAGGAGGUCUUUGACAUUUUACCUUUGUAUGGAACAUUGAUGCCUGGGGACACAGAGCAAGUGACCAUGACCUUUUAUGGUCAUGCUGACAUAUGGGGUCAAGCCAAGGCCAUUUGUGAAGUUGAAGGUGGUCCAACUUAUGAAAUUCUUCUGAAAGGAGAGGCAUCUCUGGUGGAAUACAAGUUUGACACCAAGGAAAUUGAUUAUGGAAUGCAGAUGUAUGACCAUGUUGCCUCUGCUGAGAUAACACUUGUCAAUUCGGGAAAAGUUGGAUUUGAGUUCACAGGAGUGGGCAUGGACCCAGCACAGGCAAAGAAACCUCAACCGGGUGUUCCCAUUAUGGUCCCCCAUACUGGCUACAUUGAACCGCUGAGCCAGCAAAAGCUGACAGUUAAGUACCUACCAGGGGUACCUGAAGACUUCUCCAAGAGUUUCAAGAUACAGGUGGCUCACUUUGAACCGGAUGAAAUCAGGAUCUGUGGGGCGGGAGUGUUCCCCAGAAUCUCCUUGGAUCUGCCCAGAAAUGUGGAUCCGGAUGGAAACUACAUAGAACUAGAGACUUCUGCCCGAGAAAAUUUGGCCAAGGUGGAGAAGAAGGUGGUGGUAGUGGCGGAACGACCAGGCUGUGCCCAUGUACAGGGGGAGAUGAGCACACAGCCCCAGGAGCUGGAGAUACAGAUGGAGCUAGAGAGACUGGCCGUGAAACAGUUUGCACUGGACCAUCAGGCCCAGAUGUUGGCACGGCCCGACUUAUACGAUGUCACACCCCCGGACAGUAAUGAGAGCCGCGAAACAUGCGACUCAAAGGUCCCCAAAAAGAAGAAAGUCAAGAAAUCCGAUUCAGUUUCGUCUUGUGGUUCCCUGAAACCCAGACUUCCAGAGUAUCAGCUGGACUUCGGCCAUCGUGUCUUGGGAACAGUGUGUACACACAUCGUCAGGGCAACCAACACCGGCGUGUUUCCUGUAUCAUUCCAAGUGGAGCGUGAUGACGUCCAUCGCUAUGGAUUCCAUGUGGAACUUGAUCGUGUGCGUAAUUUGCCUGGAGCUCCAGAUCAUGAAACUGUGGACUUUGUUGUCAGUUUUGAUCCCAGAGGAGCUAAUCUGCCAUUAGGACCUAUUGAAACUGUGGUUCCAAUAAAUAUCCUGAAUGGUCCAGUGAUUCAGGUGAGACUGAAGGCCAACGUGACGAUGCCCGACAUGGAGAUCUCAGAUGACACUCUGGACUUCGCUGAUGUCAAGUGUGGGGAGUGUAAAGUAAUCACUGUUCAGCUGUUCAAUCAACAGCAGGUCAAGUGUGAGUGGAAUUCCCUCCCCACCGAGAAAGAACUCAGAAAGGCUGAGAAACAUGUCCCGAUGCACCUUCGGAGAAAACAGAAGGACAAAGAUAAGAGCAAGCCCCGUCAUUUUGAGAUCAUGCCUCCCACUGGAGUCUUAAUGCCCGGACAGAGAAUCAAUGUCCAAGUCAAGUUUAUGCCCACAGAGGAGAAAUUUUAUGAGCAGAGGAUUCCGAUCCGCAUCUACCAGAGCAGCCAGAGAAUCCUGCUGUUGUGUCGUGGGCAGGGCCUGGAACCCAGGCUGGAGUUUGAUCGCAAUCUUGUAGAAUUCGGUCCAAUUUUACCUCACAGCAGUGGAGAUGAACAGGAGAUUAUUGUGAAGAAUCCCAGCAGCUUCCCGAUAGAAUUCUACAAUCUGGAGUUUGACUCUUCGUACCUAGAGGAAGAAAAGAUUUUGAGAAUCAUGAAAGGAUAUGAUGAAUACAACACAAUUUUGUUGCCUCCAAGAGGCACUGGAGAAAAAUUACCCCCAGAAUUGAUGGAAUAUUAUGAAGAGCAAAUGAAGAAGUUGGAGGAGUCAGAGAGGACCCGUAAGGAGGCGGAGGAGGCAGCCCUGGCCGCCAAGAGAGAGCUCGAGGACCAGAACGGGGAGGGCGAGAGUGAUGAGGGCAAGGAGGAUGACUCUGUCCGCACUGACCUGCCCCCAGGGACCAUUGACUCCCGCCCAGGAUCCAAGGCAGGGACCGCUGAGCCACUCGACCUAGAGGGUCGCCUGAAGAAGGAGGAGAUGGAAGAUGGAGACGAUACUACAAGCAGUAUUGGAGUGGGCGAACUUGAGAUAACACCAGUGUCUGCUGCCAUCGCCAGACAUCUUGGCAUUGACCUUACACCUGAGGGUAAAGCUGCCAGGAACAGACGUGGGCUGGCCAUUAUUGUCCAUGGUGCACCUAUGUCAGGAAAGACAGCCACUGCCAUUGCUCUGGCCAAGAAGUAUGAGGCAGCCAUUUUGACAGUUGAUCAGGUGAUACUGGAUGCUAUUUCUAGUGGGAACACCACUGCUGGGCUGAGGGCAAGAGAAAUGUGUCAGGAGGCAGCUAGGAAGAGGGCAGAGGAGCUUAAACUGAUGGAAGGAGAGGAGGCUGAAAAGAAACCCGGGGGCCUCAGUGUGGAGCAGCUAACGGCUCAUACACAAGUCACAACUGGCCCCACCGCAGUCCCCCAGACCCAGUCCAUCAUCUCCAAUCGUAAGACUAGCACUGUUUCAGAUGUCAAAGGACUCAAGGACAAGCACCAUGGCAGUAUGGCAGCAGGAAAGACGGGCGUCAACACCUCCUCCAUAGAUGGCGCCACGGGAAGCCAGAUGCAUAGUCGAGCUCAGUACCUGUAUACUACUACCUAUGUGGUCCCCAGCAGUCCACCUCCUUUGGCAGCCCCCAUUGCACGUCGCCUCAGCGUUAGUGCCAGCGUAGCAGGGGAGGAGGGGCUGAUGAGCUGUGUCCUCCCUGAGGACCUCAUUGUGGAAAUUAUCUCCGAGAGACUCCAGUUGAACGACUGUCACCGUGGAGUUGUGUUUGACGGGCUGGAGAACCUGUUUGCCCAGAAUCUGUACAUCACAGCCCAUGCAAUACUGCGGGCCCUCAACAACCGGCGCUUCAUCUACUUCGUGACCAUGAAACUGGACUACAAUGUCCUCAAGGAGCAGGAGAAGAAGGCUGAGGAGGAGAGAGAGCGUCAAGAGAAACUGAAGGAAGAAAAAGAUAGACAAAGAUUAGAGGAAAUGUCAGAGGAUGAAUACGACGCACUGUCAGAGAAAGAGAAAGCUGAAGUGGAUAAAAAGAGACUGGAAAUCAAGAAGGAGCGAAUCAGAAAGGAGAUGGAGGAAAAAAUGGAGAGGGAGAGAAAACAAAGAGAACUUGAAGAAAUUGAGAGACAAAAACAGGAAGAAGAAAAACACCACAAGGGAGGAGGGCAUCAUGUAGCACACACUAACGACCAACAGGCUUUGAAGAAAGGAAAGAAAAAGACAGCUGAGAAGAAAGAAGAACCAGCCAAGGAUGGAAAGAAAGCUGCAGCCACUGGGAAACCCCAGAGUGCAAUGGACUCUCGUAUCCAGGCAUCGAGGGCGGGAGCAAAGGCUGAUGGUGACCACAGCAGUAAGACCGGGGCCAAUGAGAGGCCAGAGUCUCACCAGACAGAGAAGAGUGACACAGCUGUAGAUGACAAGAAAGCAAAGAAGGGUAAAGAUGGAAAGAAGGACGAAAAGGGGAAAGAUAAGGGCAAGGAACCAACUGAUCCUCCACAAGAGGAGCUGCCUCCCCCUCCCAAGGAGUCUGACAUCUUGCUAAUGCAGAGAUUCCGUACAUUUGAACAUGCCCAAAAAGACAUCCUGGAGAUGAUUGACUUCUGGGAUAGAACCACCCUGAGUCUAAAGAGACCCCCCACACCCUCCGAGAAAUCAGAAGAUGAUGCUGCUCACCACCCACCCUCUGGCAAAAAGGGCAAAGGAGGGAAAGGUGAUAAACAUGAAAAAGAAAAGGAGAAAGAAAGACAAAAACAGAUUGAGAAAGAAAAUGCAGAGAAAGCCGCCAAAGAGGCUGCAGAGAAGGCGGCCCAGCAAGGCGAGGGAGAUGGAACAGACGGGGAGGUGAUGUUUGAUGCAGAGACCACCAAGGAGAAAGAAGACGAUGGUGUUGGAGUCCCCAAUAUUGUGGUAGACUGCUCAGACAAGACAGUUCCAGCCUACGACAAAGUGCUGCAGACAAACAGACUGCCCUCAAUGGAAGAAGUAUUGGAUGGGCUAGGUCUUGGCCCCAAGGGACCACCAAUUCCACCACCCGCCACCUUUGCUGUGGUUCCUUUCCCAGUGAAGAGAAGAGCACCCCCUGUCAGUGAGUUCGGAGGGCGAUACAUAUUUGUGGCAUCAUCUCCAGAUGAUCCAAACAUUGGUGCUCCAGACCCCAAGGAACUGGAGCCAGAGGAGGAGAAAUCAGUGACCCCUGACAAGACAGAACACACCACCCCCACCAAAGGCAAGGCUGGAAAGGCGUCCAAGGAAGACAAGAAGGAGAAGGAGGACAAGAAAGGCGAGCGAAAGAAGAGUGCUGAAAAACGGACCGGUACAGGGACCGCCAAAACUUCCUCCCGCCGCAACUCAAUGCAGGUGGUUUCUCCACCACCAGGAGCCACCACCCCAGUGUCGGACAUCGAUGCCCUCAGCUCUACCGGGGAAGGCAUGGCUCUCGGUGAGGCCAAAACACCCAGGCUGUCCAUCUUCCGCUGGAUAAUUCCGUCCAAUGGAGAGGUGGUGAUCCGCCUGCGUUUCCAGUCAGAGGAACUCGGUCAGUUUGACCAGACUCUGAACUUUGAGAUCGUGGGGACUCGUCGCCGCUACCAGCUGUACUGUAGAGGGGUGUGCGCAUUCCCCUCCAUCAGCCGAGAGCCCAGGAUUGUGUUUCCUAACCGUAAAAAGAACAAAAAGUCUGAUGAAAUUGUGCACAAGAAAUACAUCCUGGCUACUGAGACAUUCGAAUUUGGUCCACUGUCCCCAGGAAAAUCAAGAGCAGAUAUGAAGAGUGGGCGUUUCCCUGAGACCAUGGAGAAGAUCACCAUGUGUAACACAUCCCCGCUGGAGGCAGACAUCAGCUUCUGUUACUUAGAGGACAGUAAAGGAGAGACCUUCAUCUUGGAUCCACCCAGCAUGGUUCUUAAGCCAGGCGAGUCACAGCCUCUAACCAUCUGGGCAUACCCUCGCCAUGAAGGACAUUACGAGGAUAAAAUUGUGUGCUGUAUUCGAGAAAACCCUGAGCCUGUUGUUUUCAAGGUCUGCUGUGAUGCCUUCCUGCCUGCUCUAGAGCUGGACAAAAAAGUAUUCCAUUUUGACAGUGUCUUGUUGCACAGGAAAGACACUAAGACAAUUUACAUGAGGAACAACACCCAGCUCCCAGUGAAGUGGAAAAUCACUGGGUGGGAGAACCUGGGUGAUGACUUCACCCUGGCCGAGGACAAUGGUGUGGUGGAGCCACUCUCUGAAGUUCCCCUCCACGCUUACUUCAGAGCCAUGAAACCGGUCUCCACCAUCAAAAAGAUGAUCAGGCUCGAGGUGUCUGAUCUUCAAGAGAUUACUGGUUUGUUCACUAAUGAAGCCAUUCAGGUUAUGGCCGAGGCUUAUGAUGUAGCACUGGAUGUCAGCUUCCAGAAGGGAAAUGAUGGAGGACUGGAUUUCGGAACAGUCAAAGUUGGACAGGAAGAAAAGCUAACCUGCCACCUGAAAAAUAAAGGCAAAUUUGAGAUUCAAUACAACUUUGUUUUUGACAACUGUGAUCCCAAGAAUCCUAAUCCUUGGGACUUGUUCACUGUGAAUCCCAGCAAAAUGACUCUGAACAUGAAUGACCGCCCUCAGCCCGUUACUGUGUCGUUCAAGUCCAAUAAGGAGGUUCACAUCAAGGAACAGCCCAUCCUGAAAUGUCAGGUGAUUGAGCCCAGACUGGGUGACGGAGGUGAAGUCAUCGCCAACAUUCCAAUCAAAGUCUCAGCUGAGGCUGAAUUUGCCAAGUACUCAAUCUCACCUGUCAGUGAUAUCAACUUUGGAGCUCUCCUAGUGAACAAUAAGAAGCAGAAACAGUUCACUAUCUACAACCACGGGAAGUAUGAGUUCAAAUACACCAUCACUCUGAUGCAGAAGGACAAGGACAAUCAGCAAGGUCAAGGUCGCGGCAAUCGCCCACCUGUGAAAGACAACAAAAGAAGUCGAUCUCGAGACGGCUCGAGCUCAGGCCGUUCAGUUGCCAAGCCUAAGAAGACAGAUUCAGUCAGACAAGAAGGUGUUGGUGGUCAGUCUAGACUUCAGUUCAAGAUCUUCACCUUGUCCCCAGCGUACGGAAUUAUCUACCCUGACCACAGCCAGCAGAUUCUGGUUGAGUGUGCUGCCGAGAUGCAGGGCAGAUUUGAUGAGGAGCUGUCCAUAGAUAUCACAGACAGGGACCCAUCAGAUCACUACCCUCACGGAAUCUCCUACAGAAUCAUUGCCGAGACCUGCACUCCCUCCAUCAAUGUGGAUGAUAUCGGGUCCAUCUUUGAGGAGCACAGGAUCGUCAAGAAUCUGGCCCUGUGGCAACAUCACAGUCAGAAUGCUGAGAAUACCACAAUGGAUGGUGGAGUGUAUGGCGAGGAUGAUAAGAAGUUUAUCUUUAACAAUGUUAUUAUCGGACGUAAAGCCAAGGCUCGUUUCAAGAUCAGUAACACCAACAAGGUGCCUUGUGACAUUCUGUUCUCAGUGAAGGCUGUACAGACAAAGGGAACCAGACAACUACAGGACAUCUUUGAGGUGGAACCUGUCCGGGCUCAGAUCAUGAACCACAGCCAUGUCUACGCCACAGUCACCUUCACUCCAACCUCGAUGCAGACUUUCAAUGCCAUCUUUGAGGCUGCAAUAGAGGGUGUGGCCACAAACCAAGCCAGAGGAAAGAACCUGACAUUUGAGGUGUCUGGGGAUGGAAACCUUCCCAGAAUCAACAUUCAGAAGCCAACGGUGCGUAACAAGCGGGGCCAGGCUCUGAUGCUCUUCAAGAAGAAUCUGGUCAACCACUCUGAGACCAUGCCCCUGGUGCUGGUCAACGAUGGGACACUCCCCAGUAAGGUGGACAUUGAUCUAAUUGACCAGGACGGUGUGUUCCAGCUCAAACCGGUCGAGGGCACCAAUGCUGUGAUGGAUGAUGAUUAUGAAGACACCAAACGCCCACACACUGCCUCAGUAAUCGUUGGGGUAGGAGAGACGGCGUCCUUCACUGUGACCUAUAAACCUACAGCAGUUCAGAGGUCACAGGCCCACAUUCACCUGAUGGUGGUGGACAACCAGUACGAGGACUCUGUCAUCCAGGUGGUGGGUGAGGGUUACCAGGAUGACAUCACCCUCGACAAUAUCCACAGUGUGGACAAUGGCACCGAACUGGACUUUGAGGAGGGCAAUAUGGCUGAAGAUGAUGUAGCAGCUGCCAAGCCAAACUUGAUCAGAUUUGGAGACUGCUUCAUCAAUGAACCCAGAACUCUGUCCUUCUCCAUGAGAAACCACUCAAAGACAGACUGCCUGAGGUUUGCAUGGCCCGACCACCCACAGCUCAAGUUCUCCCCACAAGUUGGUCACCUCCACCCUAACAAUGCUAAAGACAUGACCGUCACCUUCAAAUCUGACCAGCCCAAAACCUUGAAGGAGAACCCAAUCAACUGUAAGGUCACCAAGAUCACGUUUGACAAGCCUCUGGAUAAGGUAUCUGACUGGGACGACAGGAUCCGCACGGUCAAGUGGAUAGAUAUCCCCACCUCUCCACAGCCCUCAAGUGAAGGAGGGGCCAAGGCACCGUUGAGCAGUCGCCCAGCCAAGAAAAAGGUGAUUGAAACAGAGACCGAGCCUACUCACACUGAGCAGGCAGACUCGAGCCGAAAUGUGGAGCUCCUGGUGUCAGCAGCAGCAGACUUCUGUAAAUACGAGUGCAAGAUAGAGUCAAUUUACUUCAAGGACACCCUCAUGUUCCAAAGCAGAGUUUACGAAUUCUCCAUUAGCAACAAGGGCAACAUCAAGAUGGACUACAGCUGGCAGGUUGUCAUGGAGAACAUGCCCCCACCCCCACAGCGGGCCGUGACCUUUGUGUCUGAGGGUGACCGCCCAGAGUCCAGGAUGGAGGUACCGGAUGCCAGCUACAUACCAUUCAGCAUUGAACCAGAGUUUGGUACAAUAGCCGGCGGUAAAAAACAGAGCUUUAUCGUCAAGAUGGCUCCCCUGGACGUCAGUGACUAUGAGGGAAGAUUGAUCUGCACGAUUCCCAACCUGGAAAAGGACCAGCAGGGACCAGUGGUCGGUCUGAAGGGCAAGAGCCUGAUGCCGUACUGUCACUUUGAGCUGGAGGACUCGGACUACAUCAGUGGGGCGCGCAGAAACCCAGAGAUGAAGGGACCAAACGGGGCCCCACCAGGAUCCACCCUGGACCCCAACACCAGAGUUAUCGAAUUUAGCUGCAUAGGCAUUGGAGUCAAGAACACCAAAACGUUUGCUAUAGUGAAUCCAACUAGUCAGCCCUAUAGCUUUGAGUGGACCUGUGAAGACGAGGAUGAUGCCAAGAAGCCAUCAGCAUUCAAAUGUCUCUCACCUAAGGGCAGUGUGAGAUGUGGCAAGAAAUUCCAGGUCUCAUUUGAGUUCACAUCCCAGGAGCUCACUCUGGUCGAGUCCUUCUGGAGGUUCCACAUUCCUGAGCAGAACAUCAGUGUCCCGUUCCUGUUGGUGGGUCAGGCUCGCGAGCCGGAUAUCUCCAUGGACAGGUCUCACAUGAACUUCAAAGCUCUCCUUAUUAGACACGAGGCAGUGGAGACGGUCUACCUGUUGAACAAUGAGGACCAACCAUUCUUCUUCCAGUUUGAGGAGGACUCCUGCCACUCGGCCGGCUUUGCUGCUCACCUAGGAGUCAGUCCAAUGUCUGCCACCAUCCCUGCCAAGUCUCGGAUGCCUAUAGAGCUGUACUUUGUGCCAAACUCAGACAAGGAAGUGAACUUUAAUCUUGUGUGUCGCGUCAAACGGAAGGUGCUCCCUGUCACACUGAAUGUGAAGGCUGAGGGCUACGCCAUGAACUGCCAGCUCCUGUGCGAGGACUCCCAGGGGGUCAACAAGGAGUUUGUGUCUGACGGAAUCAACAUCAUUAGAUUUGGAGAGGUUGAGGUCAAUGAGAAACAGCUGAGGAACCUGACCAUCUUGAACACAGGGAAGUUCAACUUUGAUUACCAGUGGGAGCUACACAUGUCCAACAAGAAGAAGGAGAUGGUCACCAUUGAGCCCAUGACUGGAGGAGUGGAGAAUGGGAAGCGAGUAAACUGUAAACUGACCUUCUGUCCCCCAUGUAGGACUACACUCAAGGACACCCAAAUUGUCCUCAAGAUUUCUCAUGGUCCGACCUACGUGAUAAGCCUGGAAGGACUCGGAGUGACCCCUGGUCUCGGAUUUUCCUUCCCCGCCUACAACUUUGGGAACUGCUUCAUCAUCAAACCAGGCAUUCCACCUAAAACAAAGGUCCUCACCCUCAUCAACAAGGACAAGAAGGAAAUCAGUGUGGAGUGCUUGUAUCCCAACAAUGACUAUUUGCGGCACACAUUUGAGAGUGGAAUCUGCAUUCCACCUGGCAAGUCCUACGACAUGACCUUCACCUUCUGUCCCAGAGAAGCCAAGAAGUAUGUGGAGACUGUACAGUUUGAGAUCAAUGGUCUGUCCAAGCAGAGUGUGCAGAUCAGUGGAACAGGCACAGAACUAAAGGUGGAAGUGGCAGAUCCUAGACACAGAAUUGUGGACCUAGGAGCAACUGAGGUCACUAAAAAUGCCCCAAAGAAAAAGAAAUAUAUCCCAAUCAUCAACAAUAGUCCAGCCCCUGUGACCUUUAACCUGGCCUUGACUCCGGAGACCCCUGCCCUCCAGUCAACAGGUGCCCUUACCAUUUCUCCCACUAACACAAUCACCCUGGAGCCCGGCGGUAUGUGUAAGGUGGAGGUGGCCUUUGCCAGCAAUAGUAGGAUCCCCCAGUUCUCAGAGGAAGUGACGAUGGAGUUUGCUGGUCAGUACGAGACUCUAUUUGUGGUGAAAGGUCAGUGUCUGGGUAUGGAGGUCAGCAUGGACACCACAGCGAUCCCGUUCCCCACCGUGGUGAAGGGAAGUUCCAGCUCUCGGAAACUCAUCAUGAGCAACACUGGGGACAUGACAGCCAAAUUUAAAUGGGACCUGAAAAAAUUCCGCCCUGAUUUCUCUGUCUAUCCUGUGGAGGGCUGCAUUACUCCAGGCAUGGAUGUGACCUUUGAAGUCAUCUUUGAGCCCAAGGAAGCUGUAGCUGACAUCCGAUAUGAUAAUUUGAGAUGCUUCUUGGAGGACCCAGUUACCAAGAAACCUGGAGUUCAUCCUCCAGUAACCUUGACCCUUACUGGAGGUUGUACAGCACAGCCAACCACAAAGGAAGUCCCCCAGCACUUCUCUUGUCCCGUCCGCUCCACGGAUUCAAAGACUCUUUCAAUUACCAACAAGACCAAUGCCUUGUGGACCCUGAAGCCUGUUAUUGAUGCUGAAUACUGGAGUGGCCCCCUUACAUUCACAGUGGAGCCACAGACUAUGAACAAGGGCUACCCCAUCUCAUACCACCCCCUGACCAUGACACAGGAGGGGAAAAAGCACACUGGCACUGUUUUCUUCCCGUUACCUGAUGGCACAGGUCUACUGUUUACAGUUAGUGGGACAGCAGAACCACCCAAAAUGAAUGGCGGUGCCAAAAUUCAGAACGACAUCCCAUGUAAAGUUCCAUAUGUGGAGCAUUUGCCUGUAGAGAAUUGGUUAAAGAGGCCUCAGAGGUUUUCUGUGAAAUGGGAGAUCUUGCGUCAGGACACAAGACAAGACAUGUCCACCGAUAUCAAAGGCAUGAGUUUCAUUGACGUCCCAGCCAAUGGCACCAAGGAUUACAAGCUAAAUGUCUUCGCUUACAAAGAAACAACUCUGCCUCUAAAGGUUGUGUUUACCAAUGACAAGACUGGAGAAUACCAGUGGUACGAGCUUCAAUAUAAGUUCAUAAAGGGAGGAACCAUCGAGACCAUAGAACUCACAACUCCAGUCAGGCAGAGUGCAUUCAAGAAGAUCAAACUAGAGAACACAACAAAACAGGCCACAACCUUCAACGUCCAGAACAACAUCGCUGAGAUUCUGAUGCCUAACACGUUCUCUGUCCCUCCACAGUCCACAUAUGAAUGUACCAUUGAGUACCAGCCCUUGAAGGUCGGCGAGUCCCUGCAGAGAAUUGAGAUGGUGUCCAAUGACCUUGGCAGCUAUGUGUACGAACUGAAGCUAAAAGCCACCCCAGCCCGCCCUGAGAAGGCUCUGUACUUCAGAGCAGGCCUCGGACAAAGUCACAUCCAAGUAGCCAAGUUCCUGAACUUUGCCAAACAAGCUAAAGCAGAUUACACAUGCAAGGUAGACAACAAUGAUUUCCACACAGAGAAAACUGUGGCCGCAGCUCCUGGAGCACCAGGGGGGACAGAGGUGGCCCUAGAUGUGACCUUUGAACCUUCUAAACUGGGAGAACAGAGAGCGUUACUGACAAUCAGUUCACCGCAGGGAGGGGAAUAUGUCUUCCCUCUGUUCGGAACCUGUGUACCACCCAAACCACAGGGACCCUAUGUAGUAAAGGCUGGAUCCACCACUUCUAUUCCAUUCCGUAAUGUAUUCCACCAACAGACGGCCUUCACCUUCCAAGUGGAUAACCCAGCCUUCCACCUCACAAAACAAAGCGAAAACAUCAAGCAUCGUAAGGAGUACAAGAUUGUAGUUGGAUUUGAUGGAAAUGACAGCGGAACCAAGGCAGGCGUGAUGGGAAAAUUAAUAAUCACAUGUCCCAAGUCUGCUGGUGGCCAAAACAUUCAGUGGGUCUAUUACCUGAAAGGUGUCACUGUGUAAAGGACUAAAUCGAUGAAAGACACCGCCAUUUUAUGAAAUAUGACACGAUAUGUGAUGUGUGAAACAAUGUAAAUUCCGUCCUUGAAUUGUUGAACUGUGAAACUGUGAUAUUCCUUUGACUGUGUUGUACUAUUUAUACUAUUUAUCUCUGAGCACUUUGGCUAUUGUUUGAAGAGAUUUCAUUCUUUGUGAAUUUAUGUAAAAGUUUAUGUCAUUCAUUGGGAAUGAAGUACAUGUCAAUUGUAAUGAAAUAAACCUAUCUUUACAAGAG